UGUUGGGAUCCAAUGGUAGAGAGAGGAGCAUUGAUCAGCGGCUGAAAAAGCAGUUAAGACAUAUAGUUGUAAAAUUAAGAGCUCGCGCUCUUUCUCAUCUUAUUUCAUUUCUCCAGUUUUAUUUUAUUUGUAGCAUUAGAAAUAGUCGAGGAGGAGAGAGAGAGAGAGAAAAUAAUAAUAAUAAAAAAAACAUCUUUGAAGGUGGUGGUUGUGGCAGUUUCAUAGAAAACCAAAAAUGGCGUACAGAAGAAGGCAAGGAAUCACGAGAGCCUCAACCUUUAAAGAAGAAAUUCAUCAUCCUCUAAACGAUGUCGUCGAGAAUCAUUCAUCUUCAACCUCUUCGUCUUCUUCGUCUCUUGCUGCUAAAGCCAUUCGAGCUUCCUCUGCUCUUCGUGAAACCUCCCUCUCAUUUGAUCGUCACCGUGAUCGAUCCAAGGAAUUUGAUAAGUAUGGAGAUGGGUCAAUUGGAGAUGAGUCGACAAAUGGGUUUUGGGGUGUUCUGGCUCGGAAAGCCAAAGCCAUACUCGAUGAUGAUGAUCCCGGUUCCCAACAACAUUAUAUGUCUCCCAAAACCACUUCACAAUCCUACAAUAAUCCCACAACUCAAUCUCAGUUUCCGGAGCAAUCAGACCAAUCGAAUGAGAAUAUGAAGAAAGGGGAUAAUCGUAAGUUCCGUAAGGGCUUGAAUGCCCUCACCACUUCCCUUAAUCAGCUUGGGGACACAUUUGAGAAGGCAUUUGAGGAAGGUCGAACAAUUGUGGAGAACAAGACGGCAGAUAUUAUUCAAGAAACUCGCAAAUUGCAAAUGAAGCGACAAGGAAGCAAUUCCGAGUCACAAUAUCAAUCUCUUUAUGCAAAUAAUAGUUCAGGGCAGCAACCUCAGCAUCACAUGCAAAUGCAACCAACACAGCCUCACACUCAAACCAACCACGAAACUCAACUCAAGGCAUCUCGCGACGUUGCCAUGGCUACAGCUGCUAAAGCAAAACUACUACUUCGAGAGCUGAAAACGGUGAAGGCAGAUCUAGCUUUUGCAAAGGAACGAUGUUCUCAACUCGAAGAUGAAAACAAAAUCCUUCGGGAGAACCGUGAGAAAGGAGAUCAUCGUGCAGAUGAUGACUUGAUCCGCCUUCAAUUGGAGACACUAUUGGCUGAGAAAGCUCGUUUAGCUAAUGAAAAUUCAACAUAUGCUCGUGAAAACCGCUUCCUCAGAGAAAUUGUUGAAUACCACCAGCUGACAAUGCAGGAUGUUGUGUAUCUCGAUGAGGGCAGCGAAGAAGUUACUGAAGUUUACCCAGUUCCUGGUUCCUCUGUAGUUUCAAAAAUGAUUUCUGUAUCCCCAAGGUCAUCUACGUCAGAUUCAUUAGUUCCCGAGGAAGAUUCCGCAACCGAUGAUCCUGAAGAGACUAAGGAGAUGUUUCCCCUUAACAGACAGAGUCAAGAAACUCUGGAUGUUUUUGGAGAGAAUGAGCCAACAACUUCCGACUUAUUAGUUCUGGUGGAAGAACCUACUAAGAGACCUGAAUCUUCUAACUAAAUGUUGUUCUCUGUUCUGAUUUUCAUCCCAAGUUUGUGCAGCAUUUGUUGAUUAUUAUUAUUUUUUUUUUGUGGGUUAUUUUCCCUGCAUUUAGGGAGGGUAGGUUUGGUCUUGGCGGCAGUUAUUUUAUGUAACAUUUCUUUUUCAUGGCUUGUUUAGUUCAGUGUACGAUGAAACUGAAGCAUAUAUUGUCAGUGCUUUCCUUGUUCAUGAGUGCCGAGUAUAUUUUUUUUGCUUGAAGAGUGCAGAGUACUUGUACGUUGAAGAGUUUGCAAUUUUAUAGAAACAAAUCAGGACUUUUGAGUA